CCCACCAUAGUAUUGCUAUGAGAAAGAUUAAAAGAUCCGCGGGUCUGUAUAACAAAAAAAGACUGUGGAACGAUAGAAAAUGGCGUUGAUUACAAUAUUAUUUUGCGUGUUAUUUACUGCAAAGGUUUCUUUGUCAGCCCACUGGACUGAGUGGCAAGACGCGACCCUGUGUAGCGCACCGGCCUGUAAGUGUCCCGGGCAUGACCAUGUUAAAGGCAAACACAACUGCACACAAGGAGAAAAACUUCAGGUGCGGAACUGUGUUAGGGAGGAGGGCGAGAUCACCCCGUGCGAGUACGGGAAGAAUGGCCCCAUUAGAAAGGAGGAUUGUGUUGCCUCCAGUGAUAAAUGCCCGGUCUGAGCACUCCCUCGUGCUGCUAUUAAAGUGACUUAAGUAAUUCUGAAAAAAGUCCUCAACCCAGCAGGCAAGUACGGGAAAACGAAAACAAAUAGGAACGGAGAGAAGCCUUUUAAAUUAAGCACUAUAAAUUGAAGUUAUGGAGUUUUUUUUAAAUGUCAUUCAUUUGUUUAAAUGGUUAAUAUACUGCGCAAUUGUCAUUUAACAAAUAUUUUUUACUGAAAACAAACAAAACUAGACAGAAUUUAUCAGUUAAUGCUUUGAGUUGAAUGCAUGACCUAAACGAUAGUCAAUAGUUUUAAAAUUAACAAACACGGGCCUUGAUUAAUAAUAUGCCUGUUAUGGGCGUACCGCCCCUGUAAACACCGCAAAUUUUGAGUAGUGUUCUAAAUGCGGAUCAUCGGUAAACUAAAAUUGUAAGCGAGUAUUAAAUGUCUGCAGUUUGAAAUGCCGGGUGAGGACUUUUUACAGCUUUAAGACAAAUUUAAAUUAUAGCGCAAUAUACACAAAAAGUUUGUGAAGGAUUGUGUUUGACCACGGAAUACUAUAUUGACUAGCUUAUAUGGUGAAUACAAAUAAAACUCACCAUUAUUUACUGUCAUUGUUUGUUGUUAGUGCUGUCCUACUCGAUAUCAAAGUGGGUAGGAAUUGCUGCAAGUUCUGUUAUUUCUGGAAGGUAUUUUGGCGCACGACCGAGCUAUUGCAAGUUUAACUCUUUAAUUUUGUUAUGGACACAAAUACUCAAUUAUGUAAAUUUGUAAUUGUAUUUUAGGUAUGAAAAAAUGUUUAUGUAGAUUACUUGUUUAUACUAGAUACCUUAGUGUAAAUAAAAAUUGACUCGAAAAUGUCACCAUUGUCAAAAAAUACACCUGCAAUAAAUUUGUUAAAAUAGA